AAGCUCUGAAGAGUGUAUUGUAUUUGUUGUGUAUUUGUUUUUUUAAUGAUUUUUAUGAAUAACAUGAAAUUCAUGAAAAUAUGUGACGGAUAAAUUAAGUUGCUAGUGUCAAGUUAAUAUAUCAGUGGGUGAUCAUUGGCCAAGUGUCGCGGGUGUUUCGUGGUGUUCCACUGACCGACGGAGUCUGUGUUACAUCAAGAUGUGGGACUCGUCGACGUUUCUGUCGGCGCUGACGCCGAAGUUCUACGUAGCGCUGACGGGCACGUCGUCGCUGAUCUCGGGACUGAUCCUGAUCUUCGAGUGGUGGUACUACCGCAAGUACGGCGCGUCGUUCAUCGAGCAGGUGUCGCUGGCGCACCUGGGCCCGUGGUUCGCGGCCGAAGAACCGCCUGGUGCGCCGCCGCCCAUGCCGCAGGAGUGCAAGGUGUGGCGGAACCCUAUGGCAUUGCUCCGCGGCGCGGAGUACGCGCGCCUGUGGGCGGCCGCGCGGCGCGCCCCGCUCACGUACUACGACAUGAAUCUGUCCGCCCAAGAGCAUCAGGCUUGGUUUGGUGUGGCCGGGGCUGACUCACCCUGCGAGGCGGCGCUAGCCCGUGCCUGGCGAGAACGUGAACCGGCAGCUCGAGUCGCCGCCGCCCGCGCCGCGCUCGCCAUCCGGCCCGACUGCGCCGCGGCGUUGCUGCUGUUAGCCGAGGAGGACGCGCCCACGGUCGCCGAGGCGGAGAGGGUGUUGAAGCGCGCGUGGCGCUGCGCGGAGGCCGCGUGGCGGGUGUCUAGUGGGGCCGGCGUGGCCAACGUGGCCGGCUCGGCGGCUAGGGCUCGCAGGGACGCGGCGGUGCUGGCGCACGUGAAGCGCCGCGCGGGGAUGUGCGCGCGGCGCCUCGGCCGCCUGCGCGACGCCGCCAGGGUGUUCCGGGAACUAGCCCGAGACGGCCCCGCCCCCUUACACGCGCACGAGAACCUGCUCGAGGUGUUGUUAGAGCAGCGGCUCUACCUUGAUGCUCAGGCGGUGGUGGCGCGCUACGACGACCCCUCGCUGCCGCCGUCGGCCGCCGUCCUCUACACCGCGGCGCUGCUGCGCGCGCGCGCCGCCAUGCUAGCGCCGCGGCCCCACGCGGAGCUGCAGGCUGUCGAGGCGAUCCGGCGCGCCAUAGAGUUCAACCCGCACGUGCCCGCCUACCUGCUCGAGCUGCGGCCGCUCACCCUCCCCCCCGAGCACGUGCUCCGGAGGGGGGACAGCGAGGCCCUCGCCUACGCCUUCUGCCAUCUCCGGCACUGGCGGAACUGCGAGGGCGCGCUCAAGCUCCUCCACGGGGCGCACUCUACAGGUCCCCCGGCGCCGUUGUGCUCGCUGUGCCUGGACCGCGAGCUGCUGCCGGCGCACCACGCGGGCUGGGGCGCGGCUCCCCCCUCCCCCUCCCCCUCCUCCCCCCUCACCGCGCGUCGCCGCCCCCCCCUGGUCCCGCUGCUGGGCGCGGUGUGCGCGGCGGCGGCGGCGCUGCUCGCGCUCGCGGCCGCGCGCUGGCCCCGCGCCGCCGCCGCGCUGGCGCCCGACCGGCUGCUGCGCCUGCUGCACAACGUCUGACCCCCCUCCCCCACC